AUGCCGCAAAAGCGCAAGCGACCAGACGAGCCCGAUCCUGCGUCUGACCAGCAGCCUGAUCCGCAAUCCUCCACGCGCCGUGCGACGCGUCAGACUCCUGUGCUGCCUCCUCCGGUUCCCGCCUCAGCGCUUGUGCCGCCGACUCCUGCACCUCCAGUAGCCACGACGCACAAAAUGACCGCUCCUGUGCCCGCCGUCACCGCCGUUCCUCUGCCUCCGAUCCUCGUGGCCGAUCCGCUGAAGCGAGGCGCGCGCAAUGGCCCUCGCCCUCCUGGCGCGCAGGCCUCUCCGCUCCCUCCUCCUCCAGCUGUUGCCGUUCAGCCUCUCCCGCCUCUCCCAAACAUCUCGACAGCUGCCUCCCGCAGCGCGAUACCCUCGUCGCUCCCGCCCGGCUCCAGAGUUGCGGCGGCUGCCCCAAUUCCUCCCAAGCGGACAGCUGCCAUGGCCGAGAUGAGCAAUAGUGCCCCUUCCAAGGACCGUAGGCGCCCCUCAGAUCUGGUUGCGCCCGAGAUCACGUACCACGUUCCUCAGGCGAAUCAGCAUGGCCGACAGUCUUCAUUGGUGAGGCCUCACGGGCCCUCGGCGCCGCCUCCAAGACUAGAUAAGAUGGGGCCGGCACCAAUGGUAAUCACACCAGUGCUACCUCCUAAGCCGCCGACACUGCCCGUGUCUGAUCGGCCGCCUCCGAGGACAGAUCGUAAUAUCGACAAGGUUGUUUUGGGGAACCUAUGUUUCCGUACGUGGUAUCCGAGCUAUUACGGUAAAGAAGUUCUAGGAGCUACAUCAGAAAGGCUGUAUGUCUGUCCUAGCUGCUUCAAGUAUGCCAAAGAGCUCGUGGCUUGGUGGGGUCACGUCAAACUGUGCCAGCAGCGAGCUCAUGUCCCUGGGAACAAGAUAUAUGUACAUCCCAAGGGCAGGCGGACCGUGUACGUUGCGCAGGAUGGCAGCCGAGGUCCAGGACAGAAAAAGCGGCGAGGAGAAGGAAACAUACGAUACGUUGAGGAAGUCGUUCAGGAUGAGGGAGAAUGGAGCCUCUGGGAGGUGGACGGAGAGCAGGAUGUGCUCUUCUGCCAGAACCUGUCCCUCUUUGCGAAGCUCUUCCUGGAUAACAAGUCCGUCUUUUUUGACGUGACAGGGUUCAACUACUUCUUAUUGGUAUACACACCACCAAGCGUGGCAACGCCAUCUAGUAUACCUACUCCCCCUAUGACGCCGCAAAUCACAGGCUUCUUCUCAAAAGAGAAGAUGUCCUGGGACAACAAUAACCUGGCAUGUAUCCUCAUAUUCCCUCCGUGGCAACGCAAGGGACUCGGCGCCCUCUUAAUGGGCGCCUCCUACGAAAUCUCGCGAAGGGAAGGCAUCAUGGGCGGUCCUGAGAAGCCUAUAUCUGAUUUGGGCAAGAAGGGAUAUCAGCGGUUCUGGGCCGGAGAGAUUGCCCGCUGGCUGCUUAGCCUGGACGUUACGCAGACGGAUCAGGAAAAGGGCCAAGAGACGCUUGUUGACGUGGAGGACUGCAGUCAAGCGACGUGGAUUACACCGGAAGACUGCUUGGGUGUGUUGAGAGACAUGGGUGUCGUGGAGGAUGCUGGCGUGGGGCCUGGAAAGCCGGAGCCUGUAGAGGACCAGCAAGUUCACCUAUCUGAAGAAGACAAGAAGAAGAAACAAGCAGCAGCCGCCGCCGAUGAAGAUGCGGCGAAACAGAACAUCAAAGGAACAUCGGCCGAGGCGGAAGAUGAGAAGCUAAAGCCCAAGCCGACUGUCAAGCAAGUCCCGCGAGUCCGGAUCGACAAGGAGGCGGUGCGGCGAUACGUGGCUGCUCAUCGGCUGCUUUUGGAGAAGACGUGUGAUUCGGAUGGCUUCAUAGAGGGAUAUGCAAUGAAGACGGCGGAGAAGGCAGCCAGCGAAAGUGCUGAAUCUAGAGACGAGGCUUCGGCAAGAGGAUAG